AUGGCUAAAAGAAACCCAGUCCUAGUAUUCAGCCCAGGAGCGUGGCAUACCCCUGACUUUUUCGAACCCACCACUUCCCUCCUCUGUGAAACAGGCUACACCUGCGACCUUGCCUCGCUCCCCAGCGUCGGCGCCGAGCUUCGGUCCCCUCCCCAAGUUCCGCAAAAUUUCGACGCCGACGUCGCCGCCUUACGGGAGACUAUCACUAAGAACCUAGACGCAAGCCGCGACGUCAUCCUUCUAGUACACAGCUACAAUGGCAUAGUCGGUAGCGAAGCCGUCGAGGGCCUAGAUCGCGCCUCCCGCUCUCGCGCGGGCAAGUCAACCGCCGUCACACACCUAAUCUACAUCGCGGCCCUAAUCCUCGACAUCGGGACCCGGCUCUGGCCCACGGGCCAGCCCAAGUUCCCGGACCAGGUCGUCGUAAAAGGGGACCUCGUGUACCGCGUCCCGGAGAAGCUCGACGAGGUAUUUUACGGGAAUUGCAACGAAGAGCAGCGCGAGUUCGUGGUCAGGAGUCUGAGAAGCCAGGCUAGGGGCGUGUUUACGGAUAGCGAGGUCAGGCACACGGCGUGGAGGUUUGUUCCGAGUACGUAUAUACGCGCGAGGGAUGACCCGUUGGUGGAUUUUAUGAAGGAUCCGCCGCGGGGACAUCGGUUUGCGGAGGUGCUGGAGGUGGAGGGUGAUCAUUUUCCUUUUGUGAGUGCUGCGGAGGAGACGGCGGAGGUUAUUAAGGGGGUGGUUGAGAGGAGUGUCAAGGACGGGGAGUAA